AUGCCACUACUUGCUUCUCAAAUUUCAACAACAGCUCUCACGGAAGACAAUGUCACACACAAUCAAUUCCGAACACCACAGAGUUUACCAGACGUAAACCCCGGUCUCCCACCAGCAGCCGCCAGCACAUGGCCAGCCAGCUCGAAUGGUACUGCGCAUCACAUACCAGUGACGCAAUACCAUGAAACAGUGGGCAAUGAAAGCAUAUCACACCAUUAUCAGUAUGUGAUAGACCAUGUGAAGCGAGCAGGAUUCGAGAGCUUCGAUGCUCUGGUGUCUGGUUAUUACACAUUAUCGUUUACCAGGAAUUCAACGGCAGAUCGCGCACAAAAGGCCAGCCGGGCGAAACGGCUUCGUUCUGUGCUGGAAAGUCUCCACAAACACUCAAAAGAGUGGACAAAGUGGGAGGCUCGCGGAUUCCAAGAGCAGACCGUGCAGGCAGCGGAAGGUAUUUAUGUUGCAGAGCUGGGAGAGCUACAGCUAGACAGCGAUGUCAACAUCUAUGGUACUGUGGAUGAUCUUCCGCCCAUUGAAAUACAGAAAUCGCAGGUGUUGCAGAAUUUACAGAGACAAUAUGAAAACAAGGUUCCCAACCUAUGGGCUCUGUUUACGGAGCUCGCCGGAGCAUCCAGCCCGCAUACCGAAGACGCCACCAUCCUAAGUCUCACCUUACUCCACUCGAUAAACACAAAUCCCGAGCUCAAUCUCAGGGAGACGAUUAUAAACCUAGUUGAUAGGCUGCUCUGAGCUGUCGGCUAAUUAAAAUUCCAAAGUUAAAUAACUACCGUUUGAGGUUCUGCAAUGCACAUGGUGCUUGUAAACUGACAUGCUUUUGAU